AUGUCGGAACGCAAAGUACUACAGAAAUACUAUCCUCCCGACUUUGAUCCGAGCGCUCUUCAGCGUCGCCGUGGUCCCAAGAACGCUGGACCUCGCAUUCAGCAGGUUCGCAUCAUGUGUCCAUUUACUAUGCGAUGCACGCGAUGUGGCGCUUUCUCGAAUCGCGGUUUGAAGAAGAACGCUCGCAAGGAGACCCCACCGGACGAAAAGUACCUAGGAAUACAGAUCGUUAAGCUCAGUUUUCGAUGCUCAUCCUGCAGCUCAGAAAUCAUCAUCAAGACCGACCCGAAGAACCAAGACUACGUUGUAGUCAGUGGAGCGGUGAGGAACAAUGAGCCGUGGAGGAAUCGCGCGGCUGAGGAAGAAAACGUCGAACAGCGUCUGGACAGGUUGGAAAGAGAAGAGGCAGAAGCCGCAGGCGAGGAAGAGUUGGACAAGAUGGAAGAGCUGGAAGCCAAGAACCAGGAUGCUCAACGAGAGAUGGCCGCCGCUGAUGCCUUGGAUGAAAUCCGCCACAGAAACGCUCGCAUCAACCGAUCCGAGAAAGAAGGUGUGGAUUUCGUAGAUACUAUCGUACGAACAGAGGACGAAGAGAGAAAACAACAGGAAAAGGAGGACGAAGAAGCUGCCAAGGCGGCAUUCGCUGCGGCACGAGCCCAGGUGGAGAGUUCUGCAAAGAUUGCUGAGCCAGAAGAUGCUCCUGUCGAGCCGCAAGCCUCAGCACCUACCUUCAAGAGGGCGGUUAAAAAGAAGAAGGAUCAUGCAGCUGCUCUGGGACUGAAAAAGAAAUCGUCAUAA